AUGAAGCCUGUCAGGAAUUGGAACCUCUCAGACAAAGAAUGGGAGGAGCACACUUGGGAGUACUUGUUGACGCGGGACGACAAUUUACUGGAAAGUCUUUGGGCAUCGCUACAAGACAUCAAGGAUCCUGGUAUUACCAAUGAAGGGCGGAACUCAUACGGGCACAGGCAGAAAUGGACCAAUGUUGAGCUCAGCUUAGAGCUGCCAACCUGGAGGAACAUCUCGAACAACACAAGUUCUCCAUUAUCACCCCUCCUUCUGGCGCCAUGCCUCGCCACCUCCGUUUCUGCACCAAAUGUGAAGUUGAUGGACAUCUGCAGAGUGAGUGUUGGCAUUGGUUAUGCUCCUAUUGCGGACUUCUCCACCCCCGUCAUAAAUUCCACACCGCCAUUGACAUCCAACCCAGACAACUUCCCUGUCCCACUGACGAACCCGGGUACUUACAAGAGUGUCGUGCUCAAUGGAAACUGUGAAUAA